UCAAGACAGUUACGGAGAAGAGUUGAAAACACCUGAUGAUCUCUUGGACAAUCCGCUCCAUAUCUCAUUUAAGUGUUGAAAGAUAAUCUACCUCGAAUCUUGAUUUUUGUUGAGUUUUGUGUUAUUUCUCUGAAGCCUCUCCAGUUGUAAAUCUCAUAUUGUUCAUUUUUAUAGAAAUACUUAGAAAUAACGUAACUAGGUGAUAAGGAAACAUUGCACUAUAUUUUGGAUUGUUUCUAUUCUACAAUUUUGCACUAAAAUAUUGGUGAAGAUGCACACCACGCAGAAGGACACGACCUACACGAAGAUUUUUGUCGGGGGUCUUCCGUAUCACACCACGGAUUCCAGUCUCAGGAAAUAUUUUGAAGUGUUCGGAGAAAUUGAAGAAGCUGUCGUGAUUACCGAUCGACAGACCGGCAAAUCCAGGGGGUAUGGAUUUGUGACGAUGGCUGACCGCUCGGCUGCAGACAGGGCCUGUAAAGAUCCGAACCCCAUCAUCGACGGUAGGAAAGCCAAUGUCAACCUGGCGUACCUCGGGGCCAAGCCACGGGUGAUGCAGCCAGGUUUCACCUUUGGUGUUCCACAAAUUCAUCCUGCCUUUAUCCAAAGGCCGUAUGGGAUCCCUGCUCACUAUGUGUACCCUCAGGCCUUCAUGCAGCCAAGCACCAUGGUCAUCCCUCACGGCAUGCAGCCCAGUGCCGCCUCUGCCUCCACCGCCUCCUCCCCGUACAUCGACUACACCGGAGCAGCCUACGCACAGUACUCCGCCGCCGCGGCUAGCGCUGCUGCCGCCGCAGCCUACGAGCAGUAUCCCUACGCCGCCUCCCCUGCGGCGGCCGGGUACCUAACCGCAGCCGGUUAUGGCUAUGUUCAGCAGCCCCUGGCUACGGCCGCACCGGGUUCAGCCGUCGCUGCAGCCGCAGCCUUCGGUCAGUACCAGCCUCAGCAGCUGCAAGCAGACCGCAUGCAAUAGCAAACACUGCGGCCAUUGGACACAACGGGAUGGGAGGCCCGCGGCCGGCCUCGGCUGAUUGGCUGUGAAGAGGAGAGGAUGAUGAAGAGGAAGAGAGAGGGGCCGUGUCGGUAAGAGGGUGAUGAUGGUGAGGUGGGAACUCCAUACAGUAGCUUUCCAACUUGCUGUGUUUAAACCAAAAACUUUAUAAAUUCACAAAACUAAGUAAGGAAGGUGGAUUUAUCCUUAUGAUUAUUAUUGUUGUUAUUAAUAUAAUUAUUACUAUCAUUAUAAUUGUAGUAGAGUAUUUAUUUCUAGAGAAGAAAUGCAACAACUAAUCACAGUGGUUGUAGCUUGGUGUAAAACAUGACUUUAUGUUCCAUUGCUGUCAUUAACAUAGGAGAGAGAGAGCGUUCUCUUUAUGGGACACUUAGACGUGUCCCGAAGUGCCCUUGCAACCUAUAUUUACUAUCACAUUUCGAGGGCUCUUGUCCUUCUGUCUUUUCAAGUGCAUUGAAGUAAAUUGUCUGAUAAUCAGGGAAAUGUAUCAGUUUCCAGUGUGUUAGUAAAGACAACCUCUGCAUGUCAGGGAGUAGUUGAAAUAACUGUGGAGAAAAGGAGAAGAUUUGUAGCUCGUGUCACACGUUAAGAACUACCUUUUUAACUUCCUGAUGCUGAAUGUCCCUUUUUUGACUCUGUAUCUUGACCUCUUGACCUAUGCAAAGCAAACAAUUUACCAGGAGACAAAAAAACUGCAGGAAUAACCGAAAAUGCCGUCAACUCUUCAAAGGGCAUCACAACCAAUAUGAAGGCAACUCACAGAGAGAGAAAGAAAAGCAUGUUUUCAGACAAUGAGAAGCACCAAAUCUGUUAGUCUCAAACACAUACACAUGGCUGCAUGCAAACACACACACACACACACACACGCAUACACAGUUGCGUACAUAGUGGUAAAGGUCAAUGGGCCCAGUCGUGCUCUCUGCCUCUGUGCAAUGGGAUCUACAGAGAGAAAGAGAGAGGGAGAGAGAGAGGGAGCAGCUGGGGAGGGGGUUGGCACAGUUCGCCCAGCGCCACACAGACGGAUCACUCUGGAAAUAACGCAUCACUUGUCCUCAUUUGUUGAGCUGUCACAUUUUAAUCCCGGGGCCCAUUUGGGAACUGUCUCUCCUCUGUCCUGCCUGCCUGGCCCUGUCAGCACUUCCACCUCUGUCCUCUAUCCUCUGUCCUCUGUCCUAGAGCCGACCGGCUGGGCUGGUGUCAGGUACACACACACUUCCCUCCUAUGCUAACCCUCACCAACCUCCUGGCCCUGUACCCACUCCUCACAGCCUCACCAACCCCCUGACCCUGUACCCACUCCUCAUAGCCUCCCCAACCCCCUGGCCCUGUACCCACUCCUCAUAGCCUCACCAACCCCCUGGCCCUGUACCCUGGCCCUGUACCCACUCCUCACAGCCUCACCAACCCCCUGGCC